AUGCCAUCACAUUGCUAUAAGCAAGCCUUGGGCAGUCCAAGGUGUUCCGGUAUGGCUCCGUUUAUCGCGAAUUCCUUGGGCUGCCUCCUCUUGCUCUUCUUAGCCUCUUCCUCCACCUUCUCUGAUGCCCUGACGGACUUGGAGGUGCAGUACAUCGCCCACCGCCAGCUCCUCACGUUCGACCAGAGCGGAAAGGAGGUGGGGGACCAGACCGGCGGCGGCGGCGGUCUGGACCCCAACCUCAAGUUCGAGAACCCGAGGCUGAAGAACGCGUACAUCGCCUUGCAGGCGUGGAAGAAGGGCAUCUACUCCGACCCUUUCAACUUCACGGCCAACUGGGUGGGGCCCGAUGUAUGCAAGUACAGCGGUGUCUUCUGCGCCCCGGCGCAGGAUGGCUCCAAAUUGAACGUCGUAGCGGGCAUCGAUCUCAACCACCAGGACAUCGCGGGGUACCUGCCCCAGGAGCUCGGCCUGCUCACCGACCUGGCCCUGUUCCACCUGAACUCGAACCGGUUUUGCGGCAUCAUCCCGAUGUCGUUCUGCAACAUGUCCAUCAUGUUCGAGUUCGACGUCAGCAACAACCGCCUCGUGGGCUCCUUCCCGCAGGCCGUCCUGUGCUGGAAGGAGGCCAAGUUCGUCGACAUCAGGUUCAACAACUUCGAGGGCUGUAUCCCGCCGGAGAUCUUCACCAGGCCGCUCGACGCCCUGUUCCUGAACAACAACCGCUUCUCGUGCUCGAUCCCCCCGACCCUCGGGAGGUCCACCGUCAGCGUCGUCACCAUGGCCUUCAACAACAUAUCAGGCUGCAUCCCUCACUCCAUCGGAGCGAUGCCCAACGUCCAGGAGAUUAUGCUGGCGGGGAACAGCCUCGGCGGCUGUUUUCCUUCGGAGAUCGGGAACCUGAGGAACGUGACAGUGCUCGACGUCAGCGGCAGCGGGUUCGUGGGCCCCAUCCCUUCUAGCUUUGCUCAGCUGAAGAGCGUCGAGAGGUUGGACAUUUCGUGCAACAGGAUGACCGGUUCGAUCCCCGAGGAGAUCUGCAAGCUGCCGGCGCUGAAGAAUUUCACGUUCGCUUCGAAUUUCUUCACCGGAGUUGCCCCGGCUUGCAAUCCGCAGUCGAGGAAGGAUGUUGUGAUCGACGACGGCAACAAUUGCCUGGCGGGGAGACCAAUGCAGAAGCCGGCGAAGGAUUGCGAUCCCGCGGUUACGAAACCCGUGGAUUGUAGCAAGGACGUUUGCAGUGGCGGCGGCAGUCCGCCGAAGAAGGCGGAGUCGCCGACCGAAGAUCCGCAUUUGCCGGCGAGCGGCGGAAUGAGUCACCCUCCACCGCCGGCACCCGUUCAUUCCCCUCCACCGCCGGUUCAAUCACCACCACCACCGGCACCGGUCCACUCCCCUCCACCACCGGUUCUAUCGCCACCACCACCGGCGCCAGUCCAUUCCCCUCCACCGCCGGUUCAAUCUCCACCACCACCUGCGCCGGUCCAUUCUCCUCCACCUCCGGUUCACUCCCCGCCUCCGCCGGUCCAUUCUCCACCACCACCGGUUCACUCCCCACCACCACCGCCGGUUCAAUCUCCGCCACCGCCAGUACACUCCCCUCCUCCGCCGGUAGUCCAAAAGCCACCGCCAAAGCCGGAGCAAUCCACUCCACCACCGGCGAAAUCAUCGCCGCCUCAACCGGACGUUGUCCUUCCGCCAAACCUUGGGUACCAGUACUCGUCUCCUCCGCCGCCGAUGUUCCCAGGCUAUUAA